UACACCUGUAACCGGUGUCACCUGUCCACAGGUGUCUGGGCAAUGGACGGCGGUGCCACCCUGCUCCGCGCCCUGCUCUGCGCCCUGCUGCUGGCACACACUGGCCGGGAAGCCGCGGCAAUUACACUGACGAAAGAUUCAUCCAGCGAUUUCCUGGUUGGGAGAAACAUCAUCUUGUCCAUCUCGUAUGAAACCGGUCAGGACCCAUCUAUCAAAUGGAAAAUAAAUGAUACGGUGCUGGUCGAAUGGUACCAAAAGAUCAUUCGUCAAGAUGCUAAAUACAGCGGAAGACUGAACGUCACUGACAACGGAUCCCUGUUCAUAUCCAACAGCACCAAGAAUGACAGCGGAGAUUACACGGUAUCGGCUUCGGUGCCCGGACAAGCCGAGAGCUUAGUGACAUUUCCGGUGAAAAUUUACGACCCGGUGACUAAUGCCUCGGUGUGGCAGUCUCCCGACGCAGUAGAUGAGGGCACCCCUGCUGUGAACCUGACCUGCAGUGCGUCCAGCGGAGGGGUGACCUACACGUGGACGAGGGAUGGAGCGCCACUGCUGGCUAAUGGCAGCUACGUCACAUUAGAUGGAGGCAAGACCCUGCAGAUCAGCCGGCCGAACCGGAGCUACUCUGGGAGCUACUCCUGCAACGUGUCCAAUCCCGUCGACUGGAAAUCCGCCACCCGGAUGCUGAACGUUUCAUACUCUGAUGCUGCGCAGUCACUCAGCGGGGGAGCUAUCGCCGGCAUAGUAAUCGGUUCAGUCUUCGGAGCGUUAUUACUCAUCACUCUCAUCGUCCUUGUGAUAUUCUGUAUACGGAAAAGGAGGAAAGGAAAAAAAGAGAAGACUCCGGCCGCCCCCCAUAAGGAAGCCAUACGCACGGUAUCAGGAACGACCCUGUCCCCCGAUGACCCGGCGUACUUCACCCUGAAUAACAUCAUGUACCGCAGCUCGUCCAUCUCCAUGGGCUCCUACAUCAUGAAUUCUGGAGACAACACAUCCGAUCGCUUCCGAAAUUCUUCACCCAGCUUUCCACCAAGCCAACCCAAAGUCAAACAUGCCACACAAGUCUAGCAAUGGUGGACUAUGACGAGUAUGGAACUGGACAAGAGUUGGAGGUCAAAGUCCAUUGAUAGGAGUAACUGUGAUCAAACCCAUGGACCAGUGAUGGACCUUUCAUGGUAGAGGUCACUGAACAUCUCUGGUGUUCUGGUUUCUCUUGACCUCGUUGACAUCUUCUCUGAUUAUGGUGCACCAUAGAACCUGAGUCGGGGCUCUCCAUAGGGCCCCAUAGCAUCUGCUGGUUGUGUUGCCAUGUACGCAGACUGAAUCUUCUGGGCAUACAUGGAGGUAUUAGACGAAGAGCAGAGGAGAGGCACCACCAGGGAUGGUGGACCUGGAGCUUCUGUCAUGUUUCACCUGGAGCACCUUGAAGCAUUAUGGUCAUCGUAGAGUGAAUACUGUAAUGUCUGGAUUCCGUAAGUUCCUGGGUAGGAGGAUAUUCAGAGACAUUAAAACUGGAGAUACCAACAGGGUGGUCUAGAUCCUUGUCAGACACCUGCUAUGUAGGUCAUGGCUACCCUUGGACAUUGGGGGGCAUAUCGCUAGGAUAUGCGCCUAAUGUCUGAUAGGUGCUGGUCCCACCUCUGGGAUCUGCUUCUAUCCUUAGAACUGAGCCCACAAAGUAACGAAGGGGCGCAACACGCAUGUGCAGCCACCCUCCAUUCAUUCCUAUGGGACUGCCGAAAAUAGCCGAGCACUAUAGAAAUGAAUGGAGGAUGGCCGAGCAUGCGCGGUGCACCCCCGUCGGUUCUAAGGACGGGUGCAGGUCCCAGAGGUGAAGAUCGAAGUCUGUUAGGACGCCGCAGACCGUUCCAGUUCUCUGACGGGAUUCUGUU